AUGGCGCAGUCCCUAUCCACAGACUCGUGCUCGUCGUUAAGCACGGUCGUGCAAAGUGGUCCUAUCUCGGUCGAUGUGAUGGAUGACGAAAGCAACGACAGUAUUGAGCAAUGCCGACCCAAACGAAACGAGCGUUUUGAGAAGCUUGGCUUCAAACCGCAGAAGGAGUUGUUUUGCAAUAAAUUUCUUCCGUAUGCCGACAAGCUAGACGACGAAUCACAGGCCAACCUGGAGAAGAUCAAGAACAGCUUGGGCAAGGCGGUGGCCAUGCGUGAGAUGGGCCCAGUAGUCAUGAUGAGUAUUAAGAACUUGGUGACGUACAUUAAACUGUAUGGCAUGAAGUUUUCCAAAGAGGAUCACAUUAAGUUCGUGAAGUUGCUGCUUGAGAUGCUCGUGAUCCCUAAGCUCGAUCCUGGCGCGAUAAAUAGAAUCAGUGAAGCAAUAUUUUUCCUGUUGAGAAAACGUGUAUGGCUGAGUACCGAGGAUCUGCAGGUCGAAUGGCGACCACUCUACGACCUGUUCAUACUGGUAGUGUCGAGUCUUAGCAAAAAAGGUGAACUGUACAACGCCACAACGAAGAACCAUACCAAACCCACAGAAUCACCGUUGGUACAACUGUUCGCCGCCUUCGAAAAAGAAACGGGCUACGAUGUGGCAGUCAUGGCUCAGUUCCUCGGCAUUGGAGGGAUGGAUGCUCAUGGAUCGGAGAAUUCAUCGAUGGAAACAAACUUACAGUGUGCGAUUCAAGUGUGUACACCUUACUUCCCGCCAUCUGCUACUCAAGAGAUGUUGGAUGAACUUAUGCCCAAAAUCCAACCACUAGAUAAUGGCAGUGGCUCUGAAGUAGUCACGAUACUUAACAUUUUUGUCAACUACGAGCAGGGAUACGAGCUCUGGUUCGACAAGCUGAUGUCGAUGUGGAACGCAUAUUACAAUCCGCCAUGGGCAAGCGAUGUAAUGACCAUGUUUGCAGUUGUUGCCUUCAGGAACAUUGGCUACAUCGACUGGGAACCGCACAUUCCGAUCAUGUUUGCGCGCAUUACGCGCUCGAUCAACUUUCCCGUUCACUAUCGAAGCGCAAAGGGCGUUCGGGCGAGUGGAUUGCUACCGGAAUCGAUCGCUACUUGGAUUGUAUCGGUGCUGGGACCUCAAAGCAGCGCCCAGAAGUAUCUGAACACGUUCAUGUCUACGAUCGAAUCGUACCUGCAUCCGGCAAACACCGGCAAGUGGCUCAAAAUGCUGGGUGAGAUUCUGAUUCUACUGCCUCGGUGUUUUACUGAUCGGCUCGUUAUGGAGCGCUUUCGAAAGGGGCACCACUUACGUCCCAUACCGAGCACGCACAAGCUGACGGAGGAGUGCAUUACGGCGUUCGUGGAGUGCAUGAAACCAGUUGCCCUGCAAGCAAUGUUUUCACGGAUGAACCUGCAAGACGUGGGCAAGAUACUUCAGUGUUUGGCUGAUCUUCGCCCCGCUCUGAUCAUUCCCAGCAUUGUCGAGCGCGUCUACUCGAGUCUGGAUUCCCUAACGGAGCCUCGCAAGCUGACGGCGGCCCUGCACGGUCUGAUCGGGGUGUCCCGGGCGCUAGUGUCCGGCCAUCAGGGCUACACCGAGGGCCGCACGCAUGUGAUACCGCUGUUCUUCGCCACUCUGCCAGGCAUCGACGGGAACGAUCUGGGGAAAACUGUCAUUACAUUCCAGUUUCUGACGUCGGUGUCGUUUCUUACACCGAUCAUCGACUGCUCGCAGGCGGGUCAGUUUCACACGAACCUUACGGAUGAUGAGCGAAUGUUGUGCGAGCAGACGGCCGAAUUUGAGAACUUUGUGCUGCAGUAUCUCGAUCGGUUGUUUUUGCUGAUCGAUAAUAGCUCUACGAACAACGUGCGCAUGGAGCAGUCCGAGCUGGAUACGAUGAGAUCAAAGAGUGAAUCACUGCUCGAACCCUUGGUGCAGACGUGUACGCAUGGCAUCAUGGGUCAGGCAUCGGAUAAGAUCGUUGCUUCGGCCGCAAGGAAAGUUAUAGAUUUCGUGCAGAAUCGUCUCUUUGAACCGAACGUUUCCGGCCAGUUGGUGGGCUGUCUAGUACGAUUAUUUGCUCGCAUCCACGGGCAGGAGAUUUUGCGCGUGCUGCUGCCACAUGUGCUUGGGCUGAUCGGAUCCUACAUGGAUGAUCACGACGAUGUCGAGGAGCUGGAAAAGCACAACGACGAGCUGCAUUACUAUCUCGUGUUGUUAGUGAACCUCGUGCGUGGUUACCCAAAGGUACUGCGAAACCACAUAGACGAUCUUCUGCCAACGCUCGAUAGACUGCUGCUGUUCAAGUGCAAACGAGUGUCCCGUUACGUCUCGCAGGUCCUGGGUAAUCUGUUGAACAACAUGUCCACGCUGCAGACUAUGGAUGUGCGCAACAGUCCCGAUUGCUUCGAGAAACCGCUGUCGGAGGUGGUACCGGUGAAGCGAUGGGGCGAAAAGAUGUCGCCGGACGGCAAGAUCAAUUGGUGCGCGCCCGAUGAAGAGUCCCGGGUUGUGUGCGAGCGCAUAAUGCAUCGCUACUUGCCGGACCUGCUUGCAAAGCUCGAUCGUUACAGUGCUGGCGAGGAGACACUUUCGCGUACCGAUCUUCACCGGAGUCUAAUGUUGGCACAGGCGUUGAUACGGUGCUUCAACUUUCUGCCGAACUGGAGCGAUGAGGAACCGAUAGUGCUAUUCGAGACAUGUGUGGAGCCGCAAGAAAUGCAGCUGGACGUUACGCUCGGUUUCGAGGGGUUGGAAGUGACUAUGCCUGAUGGAGAAAACGUACGCAAGGCCAUGUUAGGCACGAUCAUGCGACUGCACGAUCGGUUGUUGGAAGUAUCGGAAGACGACACGCAGGCGUUUAAAUCGAUCAUCAUCCUCUACGAUAAGCUGAUGAUGCGAAGGCAUGCGAAUGCGUCCUACGAAAUGCAGCUGAAGACGUUUAACUCCACGAAGCGCUUUCAAACAUAUCCGCUGAUGCGCUGCAAGCGGGACGUCCGCGCAGUCAUUGUAACCCGCGUCAUCAUUCAACAGGACUGUCGCGACGAGUUGAGUAUGCCUUUGUUCACCGCGACGCACCUGAAAAUCAUGAAUAGACUACUCGACCUGUCGGUAUCGUACUACGCUUCCGUCCGCAUAGAAGCGCAGUCCAAGCUGCACGAAAUGCUGUUCCUUUUUCCGCAAGCCUACCGUCUGCUGACGGACAGGAUCGUCGAAUGCUUGCAGGUGGACGCUAACACGUGUCACGAGCAGUUCAAGGGCAUCCUGUGCCUGUUGUUCAUCAAGCGUCGCGGGCGCCUUAUCACGCAGAAUAACUGGGAGUAUCUGGCGCGCGUUUGGCCAACCUUGCUGCGGUCGAAGUUGUCGGAGAAACCGUCGAUUGUGAAGCUGGUCGACGGGCUGAAGAAGAUGAUAGACGGCCAUUCGCCCACAUACCUGCUGGAGGUGGAUAUAGGCGAAAAGGUGGUGGAACAUGCGCUUGCGUUGCGCACUUGCGUCGACGAGCUGGACCUGUUGGCAGGCAAAACUGCCCGGGAGCGAGAAAACAAGCGUAACUUGCAGCUGUGCCACCAGCUCGCCAGGGACAUUGUGGCGACCGUCGAGACCAGCAAGCUGCCACUACGGUAUCACUAUCUCGCAUCCUCAAUGCUGUUCAAUUUGUGCCAUCCGUUCACAGAGCAUCCCGUUGAUGUGACGCGGCUGGCGCUGCAGCAUCUCAUCCACGAUUCUGUUAUCGAGCGCAAGGUGGCCAUUCAGCUAAUGUUGGGCAUUUUCCGUCAGCAGAAGCGUCCGCGCAAAAAGGUGGUGAAAAAUCCGCUCGAAAUUGCGGCCUUGUAUGCGGGCAAAAGUGCGACCGAGGUUGCCGAUGUGGGCCCGAAUCCGGGCUCGAACGUUGCGCCUGGCUUCCGAGACGAUAACCUGUGGUUGCAGUACGACUUGGCGAAGGUGCCCAAAAGCCAAGAGGAAUGGGAUGAACCGCGUUACAUGUACUCGCAGGAGGGUUGCUUUGGGUGGACGAAAGAUUUCAAAAUUUACGCCCCGAGCGCAGAACAACCGAAGCUCGAUCGUACGGUGGACGAGAUGAGCGAUCACGAGCGUUUAAUUUACACUUUCUUCAACCAGCAGGACAAUGUCGACACGCUGAUGCGCUUCUGGUCGCUGGAAGAAAAGAAGGGCCGGGAUGAGUUCAGCAGCUCACGAAUGGUGUUGAUCAAGAUGCUGAUGAAGUUGUUCGGUGAUCAACUGCUCGGUCGCUUCAUGUGUCACCUGCGCCGGUUGAUCGAGGACAAAUCAACGGAAACUAACCACCGUUGUGCUGCCGAGGUGAUGACGGGAAUUAUGCGUGGGGCGAAGCACUGGCCAUACGACAAAACCCGCGACCUGUACGCACAAAUGGUGCCGCUUAUCAAGCUGGCGAUGAAGAACGUUACCGUCGACACGGACAGGUACUGGGGCAUUUGCUUUGCAACGUCGGCCCAGUCGAUGGAUCCCUCCAAGCAGCAUUGGAUGCACGAGGCGCUGCUGGAGGAUCCUUUGAAGGACACCAGCAGUUUCAGCGAUUGCAAUCGGCUUUACUGUCUGCAGGGUGCGUUCAACCAGCACGUUUGGCGCAUGGCCAGUAUCGCGCACCGGCUGCUGGAUUACCUGAAGCCGAAUCUGGACCAUCCGUUCCAGAAUUUGCGCGUGCGUAUUGGCAAUACGCUGAUCAACAUCUUCGAGGGUGACCUUCGGUUCGAGGGUUAUGAGCAUCGAGCCAUUUUUCCACGGCGAAGCGAUAUGAUCGCCUGCAUCAUGCCAAAGCUCGCGAUCCUGCUAAAAAAGGAUCCUGAACCUCCGAAGCCGAAAACGGACAGCUCGAAAUCCACCACUGAAGAGAUGAUGGUGGACGAUGGCUCGGAUGCGACGCACGAUGCAGCUUCAAAGGACGCUUCCGAGGACACUGAAUAUGUUAAGGCAGUGCGGUUGUUCAAAACUGUCGCACACUGGAUCACGUACACUCUCAAUCGCUAUUCGAACGGCAAUGAGAAGGAAUAUUUCGAGCUGCUACCAAUCGCGUGCCGUCUGGAGCGCUCGGAACAGGAUCAAGAGCUGAGCGACAUCUGUACGCUGUUGUUGGCGUUCAUUUCCAGCGCGCUAACACUGCCAAGCUGUAUGGACGUAGCGUUGGCCAAAAUUGACGAGGUGUCAAUGAUGCCCUUCUGGUCGGCUCGUCGCGCCGUGAUCGACGUCCUGCAGGUGCAGGUGUUUUACAACAUGGCCAUCAUCCUCAGCCGGCCCGAAUGGAAGGCGAAGGUGCAGGAGAUCGUGCUGCGGUUGCUGGAAGAUAGCGUGGUAGAGGUGCGCGAGAAGGCCGCCGAGGUGCUGUGCGGGUUGGUUCAUUGUUCGUUCCUGACGGCAACCGACGAGCUGCUGGAGCUGUUCAAGCGCAAGUGCCGCACGAAGAUGAUCCGCACCAAGCGCGUCCGUGUGGCAACGCAAUCCUGCUCGAGUGAGGUGGCCAGAAAUGAAAGUGCGGAAGCGAAUGCCGUCCUAGCGCGGCAUACCGGUGUCCUGGGAUUGUGUGCCUUUAUCUCCGCCUACCCGUACGAAGUGCCUGAGUUCGUUCCGAACGUGUUCGAGCAUCUCGGAGCACAUAUGAACGAUCCGCAACCGAUCCCGGCCACCAUCCGGAAGACGAUGGGUGACUUCAAGCGCACCCACCACGACAAUUGGGAGGUGCAUCAGCUGAAGUUCACGGAGGACCAGCUAGCCGUGCUGAGCGACCUGACGAUCCCUGCUUCGUAUUACGCAUAAGUUUGCUUCGCCAACGUACGCCGAUCGUCCGUUCGCACCGCUUGGCUAGGGAAGGUGUUCAUCUUUUGUUAUUCCAUAACUCUUUGGUUGAUCUGCAGUGGCGGUGGGUGUUUUGUGUUAUAGGUUAACCGUUAAACCGUUUGUACGUUACAUUGCAUAUAGCGGGAUAUGAUUGUCUUGAAUUAACGCGAAGAAAGCGCUGCAUCGCGGAGGGGAAAUAGAACUAUGUUCUAUCCUGCAUCGUGCAGACCAUUUUCCAGAUAUACAUUAACGGGUGGUCAGGGUGUUCCAAAUGGAGUAAUUUUUUACACGGCAUUAUAUCAGCAGUUGCCUUAGGUUAUAUCGUUUUGCGGACGCAAUAGUUGUAUUACAACGAAACAUUGGAAGGAGGACAAAUGUUUUUAAAUGGAAUUCAAUAAACAACUA